CUACAGCAGGGGGCUGUGUGUCAUUAUAUUUACGCUAUAUUUUUUGUAACGUCGUCGUCGUGAAACCGCGCGCGCGGAAGAGAGCGUUCGUGAGCGAAUCGCGCGAGCUCUCGCUGAGAACGUUGGCCCGCGCGAGCGGGUGCACGAAAGGUCACCGGAGAACGGUUGAGCGAGCAGAGCACGCCUGCCUGCCAGGCCUGGACUGGAACGAGUGUGUGAGUGAGCGAGUGAGGGGGAGAUCGUGCUCUUUUUCGCAAACGACGAUUUUUUCUGGCCUCGUUUUCUGUGACGACGACGACGGCCGCCGAUUGCUGGCUGGCUGGCAACGCGCAAAAGAAGGGAAAUUUUUAUGAUUCGAAAGAAGAGUGUAAUAAUACACGAGAGUCGUGUCGCGUAUAGCCGCGUUUGGUGUGGUGCUCGCUAGUUAGUUUGGCCACCAGUGUGCCAGUGGAAGAAAAUAAGACGGAGAUAUCGACUUUUUUUUUGCUCGACACUGCUCUUGUCGAUUACCGUGUGGAGCCGUUCGUUAUUCGCAUUAUAAAUAUAAUUUGUGUGCCAUAUAUACAUAUGAAUGUGGAAUACGGGAAAAAAAUACACGAAGAUGUGCACCUAUUUACGUAUUUAACUUGAUAUUUAUAUUUUUGGGUGUUUUUCUCGAUUCUCGGUGUCCUGAAGGGAAAGGAAUUAAUAAUUAUACACACAUACGAUUGUUUGUGUAGUUGUUUUGAUUGGGUCGAGUGGAGCCUUUCUGGCGUAAAGUGAAGUGAAGGAAAACGAAGAAGAAGAGUGCGUGCUUCCAGCCGUGAAGAGAGGAAUAAAGUGGAAUUAAAUCAACGCCCGCGGAAGUGGGGUAAGCUGGAGGAGAGUAGUGUACGAUCCAACCAGUCGCGCAAAAAAGAAUAGAAGAAUCAAAAGGAAGAGCGCGCAAAAGUGCAAAACCGGCGAAGGCGAAGAAUAAGAGUCGCCCAAAGGAGAAGAAGAAUCCAACAGCGACAGCGACAGGAGUGGGUCCGGACAAAGUUUACGCAACCGCAUCAUGUCGGAGCACCAUCGCGGUGCUUGGGGAACCCGGGAGGACGCCGUAUGGUGGCCCGCGGGUAUCUCGUCGUCGGACCAGCAAACGAUCCAACACCAUCAGCAUCUACUUAAUCAGCACCAUCAGCAGCAGCUGGCCCAACAGCAGGCCCAGCUCCAGCACCAGGUCGUUCAGCAACAGCAACAACAACAGCAGCAACAGCAGGCCCACAGUAACGACAAUGCCCGAAGCAAUAGUACAACGUCGACGUCCGCCACACAGCAACUAUUUUCCUACAAAAUGGCCAACAGCUUUCAGAACCCGGUUACGACCAUUUCGGGCGUAACGGUGUCCACCUCCAAUUCCCCGUACGACUACCGUCUCGGAAUGGGCACCACCAGUGUCGUGUCACGACCGGGUGAUCCACCGACCAUGGCCAGUACGGCGCCGACCACCCAGUGGUGGUACCCCGGUGGACAGAACGCCCUCGACAACUCCCUGCAGCAACAGCAACAACAGCAGCAGCAACAACAACAGCAACAGCAGCAGCAACAGCAACAACAGCAGCAGCAACAUCAGGUACAACAACAACAGCAGAAUCAGCAGCAGCAACAUCAACAACAAGCCCGCAAUCAACAAACCUCCCAAACGAAUCAAACACACGUGCAGGUGCAGAACAAUGCAGUCCAGAGCAAAAUAAACAACAGGCCCGUCAAGGACAAUAAACCGAGGGGGCGCAUGACAGCGUAUGCCUUUUUCGUACAAACCUGCCGGGAAGAGCACAAGAAGAAACACCCGGAGGAGCAGGUCAUAUUCGCCGAGUUCUCGCGGAAGUGCGCAGAACGGUGGAAGACGAUGUUGGACAAGGAGAAACAGCGCUUCCAUGAGAUGGCCGAGAAGGACAAGCAGCGGUACGAGCUGGAGAUGCAGAACUACGUCCCCCCGAAGGGCACCGUGGUCGGCCGCGGCAAGAAGCGAAAGGCAUUCAAGGACCCCAACGCACCGAAGCGAUCACUGUCGGCGUUCUUCUGGUUCUGCCACGACGAACGGAACAAGGUUAAGGCGCUGAAUCCGGAGUACGGCGUGGGGGACAUCGCCAAGGAGCUUGGCCGAAAGUGGUCCGACAUGGAGCCGGAGGUUAAGUCCAAGUACGAGCAGAUGGCCGAGAAGGACAAGGCGCGGUACGAGCAGGAAAUGACCGAGUACAAGCUGAAGUGCAAAAACGAGCAGGCCGGUGGCACCCCGCUUAACCUCGGUGGCCUGCAGCAAACCAGCCUCCAGAACCUGCCCCAGCACGUACAGCAAGCGGCAGCGGCCCAACUGCAGGCGCAAGUCCAACAGCAGCUGGCGGCCCAGGCCGCGGUGGCAGCGGCAGCCCAAGCGGCGGCACACCACGCCGACGAUGACGAUGAUGACGUCGACGAAGAUGAUAACGAGUAAAAUCAAGCUUUCGAUUUGUAUUAUAAAUAUUUUCUUACGAUGAUAUUAAGCAACCGACAACAACAACAACAACAACAACAACAGCAACAGCAGCAGACGCAACAACAGCAACAACAACAGCAGCCACAAGGUGGGCACUCUUCUCUGCUCACCAGUUUGAUCAAUCAUCGGCGACAGCAGCUGCAGCACCACAAGAAACCACCACCAGCAGCAAAUGAUGUAGCAGAACGGAACCAUAACAGCAAUGGUGUCGAUCGGGAAGAGGAAGACGAUUCCGGCUCGGAACGAACGUCGCCGUCGCGUUCGUCUAACUGAAACGUCGCGCCGGGCAAAUGGCCGGAUCCACUCUCGUUCGGUCAUUUGCCGGUUUGUGUCAGAUAGGAGGAGGUUAGGGGGAACGGACGGGUGCGAGCAUUCCUGAGUUUCAGGAAGAAGAUUCAUUUAAGCAUUUGGUAGCGUGAAUACCAAAAAGAAAACAUAACAAUUGUCGAGGUUGCAGACUUUUCACACAACAUACACAAAGCAAGCAAACAAAAAUAGCAGUUAGGAAAUCACACACUUUAACGCAGAUAACGUUUUUUUCGAAACGAAUCGGACAGAUCUUAACAGUAAAUUUCACACUCACCCAUCCGACACCUUCACAGAGUGGCGUUCACACACACGCAUAGCAGCAAGCGCAGAGCAGUUAUGGUGGUGUGUGAGUUGCCACGACAACGACGACGACAAAAGAAGUGUGAAGGUGAUCGAAGAACGGUAAGUAAGAGACAAAGAUCCGUCGAAGGGACAAUUUUCGAGAAAACGGCGCAUAAAUCUUCUUAAGACCUUAAGACAACAGGACCAGAAUUCGAACACAUUUAAAGAGAAAAAGAAAAACAAUAAAGGUUCAAAGGAAACCCGACAAAACAGCAGCAAACACACAUUACCAAUAGAAGGAAACAGCAGAAAGAAAGAAAAAAACCCAAAACGGACAAGAAGCAGCGAAGGAAAUAUUUCUCAAUACAAAGUGGGGAAAGAUUGAAAUUAACAAAACAAAAAAAUUAAAACAAACAACACAUCCAUCUCCGGUGAAGGAGAGAGAGAGUCUUCGGUACUGAUGAUGGUGAUGAAAGAGAGAACUGUUUGAACGAUGGGGAGAAGGAAAUGAGAGAGAGAUUUUCAUCAUUUUUUACAGAUUUGGUUUUGAUUUGUUCGUGCUGUUUUUGGGUAAGUUUAAGAUUGUUUUCUUUGGUUUCCGAGUUUUUGAGUCGAAAAAUCUUUCUUUUAUGUGAUGUGAUUGUGGUCUUAACGACCUGAGGUUUGGCAACACUGUUUCAAUGUCAUUUUCUUCGAUUUCUAUUGUUUUCAUAGAUUUUCGAUGCAUUUCUGAUACUAAAUAAGACGAUCAGUGCACGGUCGCAACAUGGCGACCGUUGAGAAGAUUUUGUGGAAUGCUUUUUGGCAACACGGUGCCAAUGACUUUAAACACAAUUGUGAAAUGCCAUUUUUAGACGGUAUUCAUGAGUUCCCAGUGUGUCAUAAACUCCUGAACUGAGUUUUUUUUGGUCGUUUUCAUCGGUAGAAAUGAGUCUUUACAUGGCGACCGUAAACCCCAAAUUUCAGAAAUUUUCUGUCACUUAGAAUGCUGUCAUAUUGUCAUGGCCUACUGUUGCGUCCUGACGACAAUGUUCUUCUCCGAAAAAGGCACCACGCCUACUUCGAUCGACUUCUUUUUUAACGCUUUGAGAUUCUCAGUUCCACACUGAGAAAAAUUCUCACGUGUAAAUCCCAUUGACAGCGUGACAAUUUCCGGCCACAAUGCUGCGUCGUCGUUCUUUAUCUUUGUGGUGGUGUAGGUUGCUGCGACGACAGACAGACCCACACACACACACACAUGUUAAUCAAAAAGGAAACCCCGUGCAUGAUCUUCUUAAUUAUCAUCUUAUGCUAUACGUUUUACUGUCGCAAAAACAUACGUUUUUUUCCAUGCAUAUUUGCAUCUUACAAACACCCACUCACACACACACACGCACGCAUACGUUGAUGUAGUUUUUAGGUAAUCCAACAAACACACAAAACCGCAGUCGCGCAUCUUUUUUUUUCUUUGUUAUCUAGAGCAAGCAACAGCGUUUUGUUUCUCGUUUCAUUUGCAAGAAGGUGUUUGUGAGAGCGGUUUUUUUCGAAUGAGUGUUAGCGCGAUGAGAGCGAAUGAGAAUGAGAUCUAUUUGAGGUAAAAAUCAGACAAAGUGGUGUACUAGAUUAGCGCCCAGAGAUUAGUUCAUUAGCUGAUAGAGAAGAAAGAAGGAAGGGAAGGAGAUAACAAAAAAAAAGAAACAAAACAACCGGUUAGUAGAUUAUCGAGAGAGAUAGAGGAGGCAGGAGAAAAUGAUGAAGCUGAAAGGCGAGAGAAGUUAUUUCGUAGUGAAAACAAUAAUUAAGUAAACAAGGGGAAUCGUCGGAAUCGCGAUUGAAAGUGGUUUUCGAGUUUCCUUUUUUUUCAUAUUAAACAAAUGAUUAACUAUGAUUAGUUAUUAUUUUCCUGAGACGAGAAAUCUCUUAAAAAUAUAUUUUCUGACGAUUUAUUUUUGCUGAUAGAAUUUUCUUUAUUUUUUAUUACUGAAUAACUAAUGAUUAAUUUAAUGUUAAGUUAGUAGAGUCUCUACUUAGCUGAGAGUGGUGUGUAUGUGUGAAUGCGGGCAGCGGUUUUUGACGGAGCGAAAUCCGCUGCAUGGCGAGCGAGGCGAAAACAAGAGAAAUUAAUACACAAAAAGUAAGGAAAUUAUUUAGUAGUGUAAGAGUGCAAGCGAGCGACUUUCGGGUAGAACAGAAAGAGGACUAGGAAAAAACUUGAACUUCUGAUGGAACACGACCGAAAGGUUGAAUUACAACUGAAACAAAAGAGAAAAAAAAACAGUAAAAGAGAAUAAGUGAAUUAAAAAACGCAUUGAAUAAGAUACAAGUUUGAUCGUAAGUUUAGCUAACACGGACACACUUAUCUCUCAAUGUAAAUAUUAAACGGAUGAAGAAUACCCUAGACAACAACAUCUACAAACAGCAGAAACUCACAAAUACACAGAAACACAUAAAAGCAGUGGUAACCAAUUCGGUUCCGGUCCGUAUACAUAUAUUCGAAUACAGCUAAAGCCCGAUAAGCGUUUCUCAGCCAGAGCCCGAGUUCCCCAACGGGGGACUCCAUCCGACCUACUUUUACUUUUCUUUCUUUGAGAGUUUGACAGAUCGAACGCUGGAAACAGAAAAUGAACAAAAAAUAUACCUAUAAAUAAAGGAAAACACGCAUUAUAAACAAAUUAUUACAAACAAAAAAGGAAAAAGUAAAUAAUUAACAAGUAAGUUUUAGUGAAAAUAAAAAUCCAGAUAAAUUAAAACAAAAGUAAAAACAUAGCGGGAUGCGAUCAAAACAAAGGAAUCAGUAAAAAAACGAGAGACGAGCAGAACUCUCUCGGAUUCUUACACUCGAGCAAAACAAGUAAUGCCACACCAACAACUACCAGCAUGUUGAUGGAUCCCCCCAAUAAGUAUUUAAAAGUACACACUCAGACACACACAAUACAGAAAAAAAACAACAUCCAUACGAACAAAACAAAAAUCGGUUCAGAAAAAAGACACAUUUGAGAAGUAAAGCAGAAACUAUUUAGCGACCGGUAGAGAACUUGAGCAAAACAUUAAAAUAACAAACUAAAGCAUAAAUUCAACAACAUCAACUCCGAUAAAAUACAGACGCGCUGACAAGGGAAAACGAAAUUGAAGUUGAGAGGAACACACUCGAACAAUACUACAUAAGAAAACAAAAAAAAACACGAGAAAGACAAACGUAAACAUAAAGAAACUCAAAACAAAAACACAACACACACACACUCACACAUACAAACACUAAAAAGAAGAAGGAGAAGAAGUAACCCGGUACGAGAGGAGAGACGACGGGAAACACACAGUACACACACGGAUACAUACAUACAUAGGAACAAGCAAACAACAAACACAACAAAACAAAAA